AUGUCUCCGAUUCGUGCGUCUGCUUAUGGCGAAAUGAUGUUCGUGAAUGACAUGAGUACAAUGAACCCUUGUACCUCUGCGGUUCAACUCGAGUCUUCGAGUGCUUUUAACCCUGUCACUAGCACUCCCCGCGCCUCCAGACGACUCCAUUCUACACCAGUAUCUAGGAAACGUCGGUCGCCCAACGCAUUCAUCCUGUUCCGAUCAUAUUACAUUGCAAACAAGCGGGUUCCUCCAGAGAUAGUUCACCAGAAUGAUGUGUCGCGCUAUGUCGCAGAAGUGUGGAAGACGAAGUUGACCCCGUCGGAUCGUGCUGUAUUCUUCAAGAUGGCGGAGGAGGAGAAGAUCCGGUUUGAGAUUGAAGGACCUAGAGAACCUACGAAGAAGAGGAGGAGCAGGUCGAAGAAGACACGCCAGUCGAGCUCACCGAAAUCGACCAUAGAUGCUUGCCUCCCUCUGAGUCCUACUUCGGCUUCGGACAUAUCAUUCCCUGUGACGGGGACAUCCUCGUCGUCCUUAGUUACGUCCCCACAGAUAUAUUCUUCGCCCGAGAUCUAUCCUACUACACCUGACAGCAAUGGAUCGGUCUCGCUUUCCGCGCCGCAACCGAAGCACGCUAUCCCUCCCAGCUUGCUCAACUGGGGAAGUUCAUCGGAGAACCAUUUCUUAAACCAUGAAGGACAAACGUCCGGCUCGUUUCAGUAUCUCACCCAGACAACUGCAUUUCCUGCUGCGGACGAUGGAGUCGAGAGCUAUGUGCCUCUUAUGGAUCUGGAUUUCAACCUUGCCAGCCUCUCUGCUGGAUUUGUAAAAUUGUAUUUUCUACUUGCAGUUGCAACUCUGAGGGCUGCAUCAAGGCGUACAAAAGCAUUCUAA